GUCCAGUUUCACUUGGCCAUCGCAUCGUCAAACUUGGACUCUUGCGAUAUCCAGGUUGUUGGGUCGAGGUGUGGUUCGAAUUACUCCGUUUCAGGUUCUCUUUCCGUCCAAGGGUGUCUUUUUUCUAGCCGCUCAUUCCUCCUCCCUCGAUUCCGCCCUAUCCGCCUCAGCGAAGACCGCCCGGCUGCUCCGUGCAGCGCGAAUCGCGAAAACAUGCGGCCUCGACUUCAAAACUUUAACACGUUGCGAGCGCGAUCCUACGUGUCAAGACUGCCGCUUUUCACCCGGCUUAUUGUUCUUGUCAUUGUCGCAGCUUGGAUUGCCUCGGUGCAAUCAGUAUGGGACUUGCGAGAAUGGGGCGCCCUCAUCCCUGACCAGAUCAGCAUCACUUCAGCAUAUCGACUUUCGACGUUUCCCUUAAUACACCUCAAUUUCAUCCAUAUGAUCCUUAAUGUCUUGGCCCUGACGCCUUUGAUGGAGCGAUUCGAGGGCGAACAUGGAACUUUGACCACGGUCGCAUUGUUCUUUGGCCCUUUGACUUCGAUCCCCGCCGUCCUCUAUGUGAUCAUCGAGCGAUGUGUUUUCCGAGCGAAUAAUUCGAUACUGGGAGCGAGCUUGUGGGUGUUUGUCUUGCUUGCCAUGGAGUCCAUUCGAACCUACAAGGCCAACCCUCACUUCGUAAUUGGCACAGUUCACAUCCCCACGUGGACAACCCCCCUGAUUAUGUGUUUGGUGGUGGCGGCAUUGGUACCCAGGACAAGUCUUCUUGGCCAUUUGUGCGGCGUGGGUAUCGGAUACGUCGCUGGCUUCGGCUACGUCAAGUUCCUUGCUCCCCCGGAGUGGGCGCUCCGAUGGAUCGAGAAGCGACUUAACCUCCUCAAGAUUCUGCCUCACUACGUCAGCAUCGAUAAGACGACAUACGGCCGGUUUGGCGUGCUCCCCACGACCAACCGCCCCGGCCCCAGUGGGAGUGCUGCAACGGAGCUUGUGGGCACGACUCAGCGUCUCGGACCUUGA